UUAGAUUUUUUUUUUCCUACUUCCAGCUUAAAUCUUGGUCUUUACAUACAACUAGAAUGAUUAAAAUGUUAAAAUAUCUACAUUAAAAAUGUAAAGGAGAAAUAUUAAAAUUAAAAAAAAUAGACAAACCACUGAUCAGUUAUAAUUAAAAAGCUCAUCAACAACACAACUCAAGAAAGCAAUUUCUUUUCUGGAAAAAAUCAUGCUUUUUAAAGCUCACCCAUAUAAUUCCCACUCAUUAUCUUUGUUGCUUAAAGCUCUUCUCCUCCACCUCCUCUCCUUAUCUCAUCUCUCUCUCUCUCUCUCUCUCUCUCUCUCUCUCUCUCUCUCACAAUUCCAAAACAAAAUUCCUUCAUUUACACAAACAAAGUAACAAAUAUAACUUGACACCCAUAUCUCUUACUUAAAAUGAGAAAAGACCCACCAUAUACAUAUUAAACUAUAACCUCACUUAUCACAAAUAGUCUCUAUCUUAUAAAUUUUAUUACUCUCCAUGCGAUCAUGGAGGGAGGAGAUGAUCUCCACCACCAUCAUCACCACCACCAUCAGCAUCUUCACCAUCAACAGCAUCAGCAGCAGCAACAGCGACAAAAUUUCCCAUUUCAACUUCUUGAAAAAAAAGAAGAUAAUAAUCAAGAAGCAGCAUCAUGCUCAACUUCAUCACCAUAUCCUUCACUAGCAAUCUCACCAAUCUCCCCAACAGAACCAAGUACAUCAAAUUCAAACCGAUCCAACCAAUUAGCAUCGGCUUCAGCAGCAACAACCUCAGACCCUGGAAACAAAAAGCCGCCACCAAAACGAACCUCCACUAAAGACCGUCAUACCAAAGUAGAAGGGCGUGGCCGCCGUAUAAGAAUGCCGGCACUUUGUGCCGCUCGGGUUUUUCAACUUACACGGGAAUUAGGCCAUAAAUCUGACGGUGAAACCAUUGAAUGGCUCCUACAACAAGCUGAACCAGCUGUUAUAGCAGCAACUGGUACUGGAACUAUUCCUGCUAACUUCACUUCCCUCAACAUCUCUCUCCGUAGCUCAGGCUCAUCCAUGUCUGUUCCAUCUCAGCUUAGAUCUUCUUACUUCAACCCCAAUUUCUCACUUCAACAACGCAGAACACUUUUUCCUGGAAUUGGUUUAUCAUCUUCAGAUAACAGCAACAACAACAACACUUCAAUGCUUCUAAAUUUUCAAUCAAAUAACCUAAACCUAACAACAAACAUGUUGCAGGCGAAACAAGAGCUUCGAGAAGGAAACGCAAACGCAAACGCGCCAUCUUCAUCUACAACGUUGGAUUUAUCAGAAACAAGUGGAGGAGAAGAAUCUAUGGGAGGUGGAAGAAAGAGAAGAACUGGAAGUGAGCAAGAUUUAUCAUCAAUACAACAUCAAAUGGGAAGUUAUCUAUUGCAAUCAAGUGCAGGUUCGAUUCCGGCAAGUCAUACUCAAAUUCCGGCGAAUAUAUGGAUGGUGGCUAAUUCUAAUAACCAAAUAAUGAGUGGUGGUGAUCCUAUUUGGACAUUUCCGUCGGUGAAUAAUAGUGCUGCUGCUUUAUAUAGAGGAGCAGUUUCAACAAGUGGUUUACAUUUUAUGAAUUUUCCACAACCUAUGGCUUUGAUGCCAGGUCAGCAAUUAGGUAAUUCGUCCGGUGGUGGCGGAGGUGGAGGUGGUGGUAAUAUUAAUAUGAAUAUGAACAUGAAUGAAGGACAUUUGAGUAUGCUCGCCGGUCUUAGUCCUUAUCGUCCGGUUACUGAUCACCCUCAAUCUCAUCAGCAACAACAACAACAUCAACCAAGUGGAUCACAGUCACAUCAUCGCGGCGGUAGCCAUGAUGAUAGACAUGAUAAUUAAGUACACACAAGUUGAUCAUCACCACUUGGUAGAAGAAUAUUAUCAUUAUCAUCAUCUUCUUCUGCUUCUUCUUACAUUACAGCUUGUCUAGUAUUUUGAUUUGAUGAUGUGUUUAAUUUUAACACACGUGAGGUUUGUUUGAUCUUAUUCUAAAUUGAGUUUUAUUGUUUAUUAUAUUAUAAUUCCCAAAAUUAAUUUUUUGGUGUGAUUAAGAUUUUGCAAGAGAGAAUGAUAUUUCCAGGUGAAGAAGUGAAGAAAAAAGAAGACAGUUUUUUUUUAGGGUUUGGGAGAUGUGAUGAGAGAUGAAUGUCACUAUUUAAUUAACAAUUGGGUUACUAUUUGGCAGCAUGCUUUUUCUUUUGAUUUUUGUUUUUUUGUUUUUUUUUCCCUCUGGUAAAAAAUGUGUUCUUUGAAUUAUUUCAUUACUACUACAGGAUAUCUUAUCAUCA